UGUAUGUACAACAGGUAAUAGUUUGCUUGUGCCGGUGUUUGCGUAAGAACUGCGUCGAUAAGUGACAGGGGCUGCCCCGCAAUGACCCAACAAGACAGAUCAAUAUAUCUGAGACAUGCGCAGUGCGAUCCUACCAGGUGAGGGAGCGAGCGAAAGCCAAGCAAAGCGGCGCGAGUGAGAUAGUCUGUCACAUUGACACUGUUACCUACAGAGCUAUUUGUGUAGUCACCGCCGGUAGCGAGCACACGGGCUUUGGAGCUAAUGGAUACGAGGGAGCAUGGAUACAACUAGUCGCGAAGAGGAUCCAGGAUUGAAAUCUCCAUUUGACAUCGUGUUGAGGGGUGGAUACCCGUGGGGGUUUAAUCUUAGGGGUGGGGCCAGGGAGAGUACCCCCCUACAAGUUUGUGAGAUUGAGGGCUCCAGUAAAGCUUGCUCAUCCUCUCUCGAAAACGGAGACAUUUUGUUGAGUAUUAACGGAAUAUCAUGUUCUACAUCGGAGGAAGCAAGGCAGUUGAUAGAGAGCGCCUUCCGCACUCUCACUCUCAGAGUCUGGAGGGGCAACUAUGAGUCGGUGUCCCGCCCGCCGUCGUACCCGGGCAAACUGAGUGUGGAAUACCGUGCUGACGAGACAAUACAGAUACAGGAUGAUAGCGCCCUCUAUCGCCAGUCUAAAAGCAGCCAAUCACAAGCCAAAAUGAGGCCGAGGCAGAGACGUGGGGAGAGUUUUAAUGUGGCAAAGUCCACAAACAGAAGAGAGGAGAAAAGGACUUCCCAUGAUCCUCCCUGGCAACGACCUCCAGACAAAGGUCAAAAUCAAGGUUACCAAGGGAACCAAGGUCAACAAGAUCCCCCAAACCAGGGACGAAGACGUUUCUCAGAGGCAGAGCAAAGAGAUGCUGUGUCUCAUGGAGUAUCACGCAGCAGACAGCUGGUAUCAGCAAAGUCUACUCCAAGUCUGAACCAAGACUUACCGCAGAACAUUCCUUAUUCUGGUAGUACUCAGAAGCCGUCCAUUUCUCCUGCCAAGUCCAGUCCAAAUAUCAGUGAGGAUAUUGGUCAGGAUAAUCGUUAUGGUAACCCCAUACGGCCAAAACGGCUUGACGUGAGGGGAUCAGGAAGUGUCCAUCACCCACCAUCACCAAACAGUGCCUGGAGUAUGUACAACAAGGAGAGUGGUCCCAAAUACCAGAAGCCAAGACCAAACAUGUACACCAAUGAUGAAACAUAUUCAGAUACAAGGAAAAGUGAUAAGUACAGCCGCAGGUCAGCCCCACAUCAUUUAGGACGGUACAGGGCAGAUUAUGAGAAUAUUUCUGCUUUUGGUAUUGAACCUUUGGGCAGUGAAAAAAUAUCUGAGAUAGAAGAUGAUGAAGCCGAUAUGGAUGCUCCAAUAAUUCCCUCCAGACCAAAACAUGAACUUAUGCACUCCCCUGGGCACUCACCUGGCCACCCACCUGUCCCACCUGUGAGGGAUCCUUCCAGUCUGCAAUAUGGGCGCUAUAACCAAGCUCAUGAAAAGUACCCAUCCUGGCCUGUGACAAAGCCUAAUGAAGUUGGCGAGACAGGCCAGCCGAUCACAGCACGGGCUCAGUCCUGGACGGACCAUACAAACACUAAGAAGGAGGUUCACCCUGGAGCCAAACCCAGGUAUAUCCACCACUCUAACUUGAGACCUGUGUUUGAAAAAAGUCCACAAUCUGAUAGGAAGGGUGAGGAUGGCAAAUCAGCCCGGAAUCAGAGUGACCCCGGAUUUAAAACAGAGUUUGUGUAUGACAAAUACGGAAGGGUAGUGCAAAAGAAUUAUGAAAACAUUGGUAAGAACAAAUUUGAGGACUUGUUCAACUCUGAGCCUGGGUAUCCUCCUCCAAGGUUUGAUUCAGAUGGACACAACUUAGGUGAUAAAGAAUACAGUGUUCCAUCCCCUCCAGAACGGGAUAUUCCGGGUGUGGACCAGAGUGAACUUAGUGAUAAACUGGCUUCCUCACAAGCAUCUGUCUCAGCCUACCCAGCGCCUGUGUUUUCUAGUCAGUAUGAGAAAGAGGCCAAGGCUCAUAGGUUAGACCAUCAGGAUUCGAGCUCCAUGCACAGUCCUGUUGAGGACACUCGUGCACCCUUAAGUGUGAGACCAAUCAGUGAUAAUAAAAGUGCUAAGGAAAAAACAUUAGUAGACUCAAGUACAAGUCCGCUUCAGAGCCCCCAAGAUAAGAAAAAUCCGCCCAAAUUUGGUGUUCCUAGUGAUCAGCCAUCUGCUCAGAUUCAGCAGUCAAAGGCUUACAUUGUGAAACAGACUCCAUAUUACAACACAAGCACACAGACGGAUGUGUCCUCCUAUGCAAUCAAAACUUCUAUCCGAAGUGCUGAUCCCAAACAGUGCAAUGCUGAGGUGCAGGUGACUGAAGAGGGUGCGCGAACUUCCAUGUCCUUGCCAGAUGGUCAGAAAGGGUUCGAGGAGAAAUCCUCCCAGGCUCGACGGUCCUCACAGAAACAUGAUGUAGAUCUGUCCAAGGACAAAUCAGCCUCGGGUGGGGACAGUGGUAAAGGAAUGGGUUAUGGGUAUGAAGGCAGCAGUUCUAAAUUUGAAGGAUUUGAAAAUAUUAAGGCAAAAUAUGCAGCAGAUUAUUUACCAGAAGAGCAAAGUAAUACAGAGAGUAAGAAAAGUAUAGUGAUGCCACAUUACUCCGAAUAUGAUCCCAGCACUCAGUCCAUGCUUCGUAGUCUGGCUAAGGAGUACUAUGGAGGUAGAAUUCCACAUCAACAAGAAAAAAGAUUGUCGUCUGCCUCUUCUCAGGAUGCAAGUCAUCACACAGGGAUGAGAGAGGCAGAGUCAUACACUAGUGUUGUUAUACACCCUUCAGAAAAUUCAGCUCCUUUUGGGAGAGAUGACUUUGGCUCCAAGUCUAGUCUGUCCGAUUCUCGUGGUGAUGUGUCUUCUGUGGGAGAUUCUGUGAGCAGCAAGAGUAACAUGCCUCGGGGCAGAUACAGCCUUGACCCGUCUAUGAUGUCCAAUAGGUCUCGUGGCUCUUUGCCACGUCAGAGCUCAGCUUCAACUUUGACACAUCAAAGAGAAAAGAGUGCAUCUUAUGCAGAGAAUUUGUUUAGUGUUCAGCGAAAGUCUCAAGAUUCCCAAUCCUCUAUCAACAGUCGGAGAUCAGCAUCAUGUCGUAGCUCUGAUUCCUCUACCCCUUCUCAACCAAAGAGUUCCACAGACACUCGCACUUCUGGCAGCACCCAGUAUGAGGAUUCCCCCCCAGCACCCAUGCAGAGGGACCAUGACUCACGGCUAGACUCUUAUGAUUCUGUGUUCACUGGGGAUGAGCGGUCCCCAAUGCCUAGGGAAGGGGAUGUUCACGCUCGUGUGAGCAGUUCAGAUGCUAAGUCCAGCACAGCAAGUGUAGGCCGUCAACCAUCAAUGAAGAAAGCAUAUGGGAUUUACGAUGAAACAGAGGGAACAUUACGGGCAGGACGUCCUGAUGGUAAAAAUGGUAUGCAUAGUGCAACAGAUUAUGUGCAAAUGAACCAUCCUAAUAAUCGGGGUUCCAGAUCAGAUCCAAAGCCCUUGGACCAGAUUCAGGAAGAGGCAGAUAAUUCUGCUUCUCGGCAACGAAUGUCUGGUGGUCCUCCUGACUCUACUGUGUAUGAUUCCAAAUAUCCCCGCUCCUCGGACUGGCGUGCCACCAGAGAUAAGUGGAAAGAGGAGACCAAAAGGUCAAGCCUCAAAAGAAUGUCCUCAGACCAACUCAACCAACUGAGAGACAGGAAUGACCAGGGUUCUUUCAGUGAGGUGGACAAAGUGGUAGCUGAUGAUGAUGAUAAGGGCUCCUUCAAAGACAGUGACAAAGGAUCCUAUAGAGACUCAACUAGUUCCUUAGCUUCUGGAAAAGACAGAGGUGCGUAUAGGGAUGGUGAUAGGAAUUCCUACAAGGAAGGGGAUAGGAAUUCCUACAGAAACAGUGAUAGAAACUCUUUCAAGGAUGAUAGAGGAUCAUAUAAAGAUGAUGAUUCUUACCAGGAUGACAGGAACUCCUAUCCAGCUGCUGAGAGGCCUGACAGACCGAGGGCCUCAUCCAUUGAUGACAAUCCUGCCGACUCUGUUCACCAAUCUCAGUCAGUCCCUGAUGAGACUGUGGGGAAGGGGGAGGACCUUAAGAAGCGGCAACAAGAAGCUGUGCGGACCUUCAUGGAGAUGAAAACUGGGAAGAAAAGUUCUUCAGGAAGCCUUGGCUCAGAAGACACACAGGGUGCUGACUCAAGUGGGUCGAACAUGUACGAAUACAUCCCAGGAACGUCACCCACUGAAUCGGUCACUGAUCUCAUCAACAAGGCUUCAGAGAAUAUGAAUGCUUCCAAGGCCCAUCGGGCCGACAGUAUUAAGCGGUCAUCGUCCCGCAGCAGCAGUGACUACAUCGACAUGGCGAGACAGCAGCGCAAGGAGACGGAGUGGAGCAGACUCCGGUCACGGGGGUCCUUCAACUACAGCCCCGACAUGAACCGCUCCAACCGCAGCUCCAUGUGCUCCGAUCACCAGUACGAGGAUAUCAGUGUGUUCUCUCCAUCAACACCCCGCAACUCCUACCCUGGGAGUAUUCGUGAAAGUGAAGAGUUUCCACCUAAGGAUGGUGUGAGAGAGAAGAGAGAUCCAGGGUUGACACAAAGUGCAAGCAUGGACUCCGGCCUCACUGCAUCACCAACAUAUCAGAAUCUGUUCUCUGCUCGCCGACCACCUCCUCCCCCGCCGCCACGGUCACCGAGCCCAGUUGAGCAGCCACCCGCCUUGCCACCUAGAAACUACAGACGGCACUCCGAAGGCCGCGUGCUCAGUAAACGCACUGCAGCUGUGGAUCAGGAUCACUCCCAGAAAGAGGAUGACAGCAUCGACCGAUCAAAGAGGGACUUUGGCGACUUGAAACGACAGUUUGAAAGUUCUCCACGAGAAGAUGCAUACAUUGAGAGAUUGCGAAUGGAAUCAAGACGAAGGAUGUCAGCUCAGCCAAUGACAAUUCAGUAUACAAAAACAACAAUCAACUACCCAACAACAAUAAAACGCGACCCCUUGAUUGCCCAGGAAGCAACAUCGCCCUCGAAGGAGCAGUCUAUGAUUGACAUCAGGAACUUGGUUGAGGAAAGCAACAAGGAAAACUCCGCCCCUGCCCAGCAGGUUGCCGUGACAACAUCCAAGAACAGCCGUGAGAGGACUCUGUCAGACAUACCACCACCAUCGCCACCAAAAAUUUCAGACUCAGAGAUCCCUUCCGAUGGAGAAGAGUUACCUCCCCCUCCUCCAGAUCUCCUUAGCAAAGAAGAGGAGGAAGAAAACCAUGAUAGAUAUGCAGACGACUCCUAUAUGUCGGCUGCCGUCAGGCGCUCACGGCGCAACUCUGGAAGCGGGAACUACAAGAGAUCAGCUUCUGCAGCAGCGCUGCGUCCAGGGGAAGAUGACACCAAUAAUGACAAUGACGCCAACAGCGUGUUCAGUGACAAGAAGCUUGGACAUCAGCCAUGGAACAGUGAGUCUGCUUUAUCAAGGCAUUCCAUUGGUGCUUCAAUCGGACACAAUGACAUGCCUAAUCUUCCUGGAAAUAUCCCAGCAUUCCAAGCUGAUGUGGAACAUGUGAAAAAUGUGUCUAUGGGAACAGUGCAACCCCUACAAAGCAAACCCCUUCAUUCUCCCUCCACGGAAACUGCCCCCUUGUUCUAUGUAUCCCCCACAACAAAUGCACCCAAGCCAGCUGCCCGACCUCCCCAGACUCUGUCCAUGACCUCCUCCUCUUCCAGUUCCCGCCCAGCCCAACUCCACUCUCCAUCAGGUCCACCACAACAGACUCUCUCAAUGAGCUCCUCUUCUUCCGUAAGUUCUAGAUCUACCCAACUCCAUUCACCAUCAGGUCCACCUCAACAAGCACUCUCAAUGAGCUCUUCCUCCAGUUCUCGGUCUGUCCAACUCAACUCGCCAUCAUCAGGUCCAAGUCAACAGACUCUGCCCAUGAGCUCCUCCAGUUCUCGGUCUGCCCAACUCAACUCACCUUCAUCAGCUUCAGUGAAGCCCCUGGCCCAACCACAGACAUCGGGUGGAAGUGCAAGACAUGCGCUGCAUCCUGCACCCAGUGGUCCUGUUGGAGGGACUUUCAUCACACCUGUGGUUAAACCUGUGCAAUCACCUUCUUCAGGGCCGAGUCGACCCCAAGGUUCUGUACAGUCACCUUCGGGUAUGUCCAAGACUAGUUUAUUUUCUCCCCGUCCUUUCGUUUCGCAUCAUUCCCGAGAGGGAGAAGGUGGGGAAGGCAAAAAGUUUGGUACACCCAAUUCAGUGAGAGAUAGAAUCUCUAAAAUAGAACAUGGAGGCAGUAAGAAUGUGGGGUCACCCAGAUUAGAACAAGGUAGAGUGGGGUCUCCAAAACACACAGCAUCACCUAAACCUGCAGACAGUUCAUGGAAAACUAACCCUGAUCCGAUCCGGACAUCAUCACCCAAAACUAUCAGUGGUCACUUAAAAGCUGAGAGCUCCUGGGAGACCAUUGAGAACCUCAGUCAAAGCUCUGCUCAGAAAGCUGCUCACAGUCAAAACAGUCAAAACAACACACAAAAAUCUCAGCGUAUUCUUGAAUCAUGGCGGGAUGACCCCCGCACUCGCUACCCACGACACGAGUCUUUCAGUUCCUCUUCAUCCAACUCAACUGUCUCUAGCUCCGAAAGGAGAUCCAAUGUUCAUGACAAUCCUCCUCCUCCCAAUGUGUCAGACAGGAGACCCAACAUUCAGGACAAUCCUGCUAACAGUGCUACCUCCCCAGUCCAUCCCAGAUUCAGACAUGUGUCCCCAGCAGAACAAAGUGCUGUAGAUAAGCGGAGUCCUCACACUCCUGGUCAGGUGAAUCAGAGUGCAUAUAACCAAAGAGAACCAAGACAUUUCCAGAGUAGUGCUCAGAGAACUCCUGAUGGUGCUCCUCAAGGACAGGACCAAUCCAGAAUUUCGUCAGCUGAAUCUCAGGCCUUGUCACCCAGAUAUCGGGAGAAACGACCGAGAGACUGCCACACACGUGACCAAGACUCAAAUGGUGUGCAUCGGGAUGGUGAAAUGUAUAGUCCCAGAACGUAUCAUCAGCCACAUCCAGAUAUGCAUAAAGUUGUUAGUGAAUCUCCGCGAGGACAAGGUGCUUCUAGUGGUGUGAAUAACAUGAGGAGGAACACUGACAGGUCAGACUCUCCUCGGACUCAGGAUAAUAAGAAUUCAGUGCCCAAUGCUCAGGUGGAGAAGGAAAGUCCAAAACCUGCUGAGACUGAGUCUAUGGUGGUUCCAAUUCAUCAUGGUCGUCAACGUUCACAAGAGGAGAUUGAGUGUGAUGAGCAGGCCAAACAAUUAGCAAUGGAAUUGGAAGGCUCAGAAAAGAAAUUAUCAGAGGUUCUUACUCAGGAUCAUAAGAGGAUGAAAUACAUGGAUGGCAUGUUUACAGACCCUGUUGAUGUCAACAGGAGGCCCUCUUGUGGCAAAGCUCAGCUCAAGGGAGGCAACUUAUCUGAAGACACAAGUGAACCUGUAGAUGCUGAUAAAAAGGGUGCCCUACCUGCGUCCUACUUCAAGGGGUCAUCCAAGGCGUUGGUGGAGAUGGAACUGCGUCGACAGAAUGAGGAGGUCAGCAAGGACAUCAUCAAGGACCUCCAGGACAACGACAGCCUCAGGAAACAGAAGGAGGAGCUGAUGGAGAAGUUGUACGCCAAGCUGAAGGUGCUGAAGGAGGAGAAACUGUCACUGCAGGAGGAGAUUGCGGAGAACGAGGACCUCGGGAAGAAGGUGUGUGAGGUGGUGGAGAGACAGGCGCGCACUCCGGCAGAGAAGGGCAAGUUCAACCGCUUCAUUGAUGAGCUGGAGAAGAUUGUACGCCUCAUGCUCAACUUGUCGGGGCAGCUGGCGAGAGCUGAGAAUGCAGUGCAGAGUCUUGGGCCCAACGUUGAUGCCAAGACCAAGAAAAUGACAAUCGACAAGCGUGAACGUCUCAAUGCCAAGUACCAGGAUGCCAAAGGAUUAAAGGAAGACAUUGACGAGCGCAGUGAAAGUGUGGCUACGAUGCUUCGUAACUUCCUUUCCGAUGACGAAUUUGAUGAUUACAUGUACUUCAUUAAGAUGAAGUCGAAACUGACAAUAGACAGACAGGACUUGGAGGACAAGAUUAUGCUUGGAGAGGAACAGAUUCAGGAGUUAAAGAAAAGUAUCCCAGAUGUCUAACAUAAGGGACAUAACUCUAACAAGGGAGACAACUCUUCUCGUCAUGUGGAAGAGGGCAAUUUAUCUAACCCUGACAAGGAGAGACAGUGCUCCAGCCAUUUCUAACCAGUCUCCUUACAAGGAAGCUAAGACUAUUAACCAUCAAUUAACAUAGAACAACUCUACUGACAAGAUGAUUUUUGUCAAACUCUGAAAAAGCUCUUUAAAAUAUGGAGCCGAAAUAGGUUUCAUUAAAUUAGAAUAGUCCAAAGAAAGAUUCGAAUAUGCAAGGUUUGUGGACAGUUCCCACUAUGGCCAAAGGGAAGACAACUCUGCCAAAUACAUAUGAGAAGAUAUGGAAAACAAUUCUGGUGUUCCAAGUGCACCGUUCUUCCCAGGAUGUUGUUGUGAUAAAACCUUUGAUGCUUCUUGCUGUCAAAACCAUACAGUCUGUCAAAUUGAACUGGACACUGGAUUGUUGAUCCUCAGAAUAUAUAUAUUUUCGUUAUUCACUGAUUCUGAGGAGUCGAAGUGUGUUCAGUUUUUGAAGAAACUAUGUGACAAUGGAUGGAUGAACCAAAGCUGUCGCCAAGACACAAAGAAACAAACAAUAUGCAAAUGCCACAGUAUAAACCCUCCUUCCUUGAGUGUCUGUGACUCCUAGUUGUGAGUGGAAGGUAGGAUGCAUAUGUCGCAGAGUUUUCUCUGUGUUUUGCAUAUGGAUGUAGGUCUUGAUUGCAGAUUUACACCAAAAAUAGACAUCAUAAUCUCCACUUCAGAUUGUCUUCAUUGUUAUCAUCACAACUUGGUUAACUUGCCCGUGUUCGCUGUAUAUAAAUUAUUGUUGCUCGAAAGGCGAAGACACAUCUACCUAUCCUGAUUCUCUACCAUAACUGAUUUCAUCAAAACAUCGAAACUGCAACCAUCGUAACCUCUUUUUGUGUGUACGUUUUUUGGUUUAGGAAUUAAGAAAGGUCUUUUAUAGGACUGAAUCUGCUUGACUCUGGUGUAAACUGUUUGAAAUUUAUUUUGAGAUUAUGAUAAAUAGUCAUUUGGAAGCAUAUAUGAUGAGGCUUUUGGAUGCAGUUUAUUGGAACUUGGCCCUCUUGUAAUCGAUGCUGUACAUACGCCCUUCGUGGUUCCUUCUGUCAGUUUUAUUUGUAAAUUUUGUCCAUAAUAUCUUCUUUUGUAUUUUAGCUGGCACACCAUCUUAAAGUGCUUGCAAUUUUUUUCUUUUUCGAAAUUUCACCGGAUGUUUAAGGCGCCAAAUAUUUCUAGAUAUUUAAAAGAUCGCCAUGACAACUUAAUCUGUCAGCGCGUAUGACUGUACAUAUUUGUGAUUUCAUUAGUGAAGUUAUGAUCUGAUUCAAGGGAGAUAACCAUACACAUUAUGAUAUUACUCUGAUCGAUUAAAUGAAUUUCCUUUGCAGUGGACCAUGAUGGACAAGUCUGAUGAAACUAAUGUACAAUGUGAUAAAGUUGGCCAUUAAUCUGUGAAUAGUUUUCAUGUGUAGUUUACAGUUAUGCCAUAUUUUUGAGCAUUAUAAAAGGUGCUUAAAGUGCUAGUUCAAUGAAAUUCCUGACUGUGUGAUCUUUGGCCUUAUAUAUUAGCAAUACAUAAGCCCAUCACGGAUAUUUUCACACAAGGUAUUUUCUGAGGUUGUUUGGGUAUUUUAACAAGCAUGGUUGUGACGUGACAUGUUGUAAGAUAAAACAUCAAUUGUUUAUUUUUCACCAGUUUAUUAAUAAACAAUUUUUUCAUUGCAAUAAGUUAUUUGUGACUGUGUACUUGGGAACGUGAUAUCUUGGUGCAUGCAUGUUAAACUACUAAGAUCUUGCUGUCAUCAUCUCCCUCCAAGUUGUCAAUGUCAACAUACAAUGUUUCUAAACCAGCAAUAAAGCAUGAGAGAUAUUUUUUGAAUUUGUAGAUUUGA